UAAUCAUAUAGAUACUAUAAAUUACAACAUAGGCCAUAUUCUUGUGGGAACCAGCUCAAGAAUGUGUUUAGCAAAUGGAAAUUGGAGUUCUGUACAGCCAACUUGUAAAGUCGUUGACUGUGGAGCACUUGAAGGCUUCACAAAUGGCAAAGUUGUGAUAUUACAGGGAACCACUUUUGGACAAUCAGUUGUGUACUCUUGCAAUGAGGGGUACACACUAAAUGGAGAUGCCAGACGUACUUGCACUGCUAGUGGGCAAUGGUCAGGGUCAGCACCAUCAUGUGAUCCUGUGGAUUGUGGACAACUUACUGCUCCCAGUAAUGGAGAAGUUAGCAUGCCUGUUGGUACUACGUUCAAUAACGUGGCACACUACAGCUGCCAUUCCUGCUAUCGUCGUCUAGGAGUUUCAUUACGGAUUUGUGGAGGAAAUGGACUGUGGAUCCCAGCUCAACCAGCCUGUGAAAUUCUUGAUUGCGAUCGACCUCCAGAUCUUGAAAAUGGAAUAACCAUAACACCUUACACAACGACUUGCAGCAGUGCGGUAACCUACAGCUGUGACAGAGGCUAUUUACUGGAGGGAGUUAGCUCACGUUCCUGUCAGACUAAUGAAGAGUGGUCUAAUGAAACAGCACUGUGCAAUCCUAUUGACUGUGGCAGCUUGAGUAGUCCUGACAGAGGCACAGUGUUGUUGUCUGGCUCUACUUUCAUGAGCAGAGCUACCUACUCUUGCAACAGUGGAUACCCACUGAGAGGACCUGCAGUACGUACUUGUGGUCCUGAUGGGCGAUGGUCCCAAUAUCCACCUAGCUGCGAGCCUGUGGACUGUGGUGCAUUGAUGAAUCCUACUAAUGGAGGAGUGGACACAUCGUCUGGAACCAUUUUCAUGAAUAGAGCUACCUACACUUGUAACAUAGGCCAUAAUCUUGUGGGAACUAGCUUAAGAAUGUGUUUAGCAAGUGGAAUGUGGAGUUCUGUACAACCAACUUGCGAAGUUGUUGACUGUGGAGCACUUGAAGACCUCACAAAUGGCAGAGUUGUGAUAUUGCAGGGAACCACUUUUGGCCAGUCAGUUGUGUACUCUUGCAAUGAGGGGUACACACUAAAUGGAGAUGCCAGACGUACUUGCACUGUUAAUGGGAAGUGGACAGGGUCAGCACCAUCAUGUGAUCCCGUCGACUGUGGAGGGCUUGAUGCUCCAGCUAAUGGUCAUGUGACCACCUCUCAAGGCACUCACUUUAUGGAUACUGCCUUGUACAGUUGUUCCCCAGGCUACAACCUCACUGGAUGCUCCGAGGCAGUGUGUCAGUCCAAUGCCACCUGGUCAUGUGACCCUCCUUUCUGUGCCGACAAUACAAUGAUCCAACUCAAGUUCGGGCCAACUAGCUAUUGUGUGGAGUGGAAUGAUGAGAAAGUUAAAAUGAUGUACAAGAUCAUGCACAUUGCCAUCACCAAGGCAAUAGAAAAGAGUGGACAUGACAUUCCCAUGAACAACAUUCAACCUGGCUACUUUAUCUGUUACGAAUCCACAACGAGGACGACCUAUCGAACCACAAUCACUGGUACAAAGAGUGUGAGCGCUGUCAACUAUGCUGAAGUACUUGAGAAGUGGGUGGAGUCUGGAGUGACCACCAGGUUGCUAUGGUACGCUAUCAGGAUGGACAAGGCUUGUCCAGUGGUCAUUGACUCCAUGGACCAGGACGAGUGUGAAGUAUAGCGAGUUAUUGAUUAUUGACUCGUACAUUUUAAGGAAAUUUAUAAGUUAUAAUGCUGCACUGUCUAGGAUGUUGUAGAUUUGCAUACUGUUUAUAUAAACUGCAUCAUAAAGUUA